AUGUCUUAUCUAAACAACCCUACUCAGUAUCAUUUAGAACAACUAAGGCGUCGAAAUAUGAAUAUGUCAAUUCUGGCGAACGAUGCUACUUCUGAAACUCUUCAUAAUUCAUUUAACAGCAGCAGAGUAAGCCCAAUUAUCUUGAGCACAGAUACAACUCAAUCUUACGUACCUGACCCUAGUCAUAUAAAGCAAAAACCUGGUUCUUUCGAUGUUUAUAAAGUGGAUCUUGAUCAACAAGUUAAAAUUCAAUAUUCUACAAUAUCGUCACCUUCACCUGUUGUUUCUCCUACAUAUCGUAACUUUGGUCCAACUGAGGUGUCGUUGAUGAUGUAUCAAAACUAUUCAAUGGAUCCUAAAAAUUUUACCGACAUUCCUCAAAAGAACCAUUUCACGGAUUCUGAUGAAUCUAGCGAUAACGCUCAAAAACAGGCAAUUCUAAUUGAAAAGAGACGUCAUCGUAGAGAAUUACAUAAUGCUGUUAUUAAACGUAGUCCAAAUAUGAAAGAAACGAUUCAAGAAAUAUCUACUCUCAUACCGGAUAUUCUUAUUGAUUCUUCUAACAAACAAAAUAAAUUUGUUAUUCUCUGUAAAGCAAUAGAAUAUAUCAAACAUCUUCAACAACUGGUAAGAGAACAACGUGCGCACAACGCAGUCUUAGAAAAUAUAAUGAUAGAUAUGAGGCAUAAAGCGUCCAUCGAAAAUAAUGGCACAAAAAUCAACAAUUAA